CACCCACGCUUGACUGUCAUGUCCGCCACGUUUUUCACCGACGAUGUGCCUGAUGAGCUCUGGCUCGAAAUCGCCUCCAGUCUUCCGCGAGCACACCUCCAAACACUUCACCAGCUAGACAAGCGGUUAAGCCGGCUCACCCGCCCCUUGCUCUUCGCCGACCUCGCCUUUUCGCGGACGUUUUGCUCGUCGCCGACGCCGCCGAUCUUGCCCGCGCGCCCGGCGUUCGACAGCGGGCAGAAGCGGCUGGACUUCUGGCUGUCGGAUGAUAUUGCGCCGCUGGUUGAAUCGUGCCACCUGACUGUUAGGGUACUGAGCGAGGACGAGCUCGCCACGCAGAUGCCGGUCGGUGCGGACUGUGUCCUUCCCACGGCAACCGACCUCCGCAUCCUCUCUCGCCGACUCGUCGAAAACCUUUCCCACUUUGUCCGACUGCGGCGGGUGCAGGUCGACGAUGAAACCUUGUCGAUGGCCGCGAUCAUUGGCAUACACGGCUUGCCACUGCUGGAGCAGUUGGACCUUACGGGGUGCAAGAUUGAAGACGGCGCAAUUAGCCUCGCCCUGGCAGUGACACGCGCGCCGCUCUCCUUCGUACAGCUGUCCGCGUUCCAGUCAUUUGCCCCAGAGAAGGAGCGGUUCUGGAGCGCGUUUUUCAACGCUGACAGCCUCCGUGCUGUAACCCUGAACAUCGACCUCGCUUUCUGGCUCCAGGAUCCGCAAACGGCACCCAUAUUCCGGCGCACGACUAAGCUCACCUUACUCUACCUCGCGGCCGCGCCUGCUGCAUCGCUGCCGCGCGUUCUCGCGAAGUCAUUCCCCGCCCUGCAAGACCUCGGGCUCUUCCCUGCAGCCCUGGCGCCGCGGACUCGAGACGAGCCCGACCAGUGGGGCGGGGAUCCCCAUGACUCCUUGUGUCCCAUUAUCCGCACCGCGCUCCUUCCCAUCGCUGGCCAACUGGUGCGCCUCCGUGGGUACUACAGCAUCCUGCACCACUUUUCCACGGACCCGUGGCGGGUGAGCCACCUCGGUCUGUCCCCGCACCUCUUCCGCGCGCUCGCCGACCUCAUCGAGGACCUCGACCCCUGCGCGACGCUCACGCAUCUCUCGCUCAGCAUCUUCGAUGUCGACACGGAGAGUCUGAACGCGACCCUACGGCUCUAUCCGCGGCUGGAGGCGCUCUACCUGCAUGGCCUGAAUCUUCCAAUGCGAAUGUCGAUCUGGACAGAACUGGCCUCGGACCUCACUCUGCCGCCGACGCUGCGCUCACUGCUCGUCAAUACGAAGCGCUGGCGGGCCAACGGUCACAUGCCUGGAGACGUAACACAGGCCGUCGCCCCAGCGAACGACGCUGACGCGUCUGCGCUACUCCAUGCAUUUGUUGAGCGAUAUCCGCAGCUCGCGCGCCUCUGGAUCCGCGGACGGGACUUUUUCAUCAUGCGCAGCGGCGCGGAGCAAGGGGCUGACGCGCGCGUCGUGGCCGUGGGCGACGAUGUUGAUGCGGUUAGCAACAAGUACAUCGACUUGUGGAAUCGGCGGGCAGAGUUCAUCUAG